AUGUCUUCUAUCAUGCGCUUCUACUACGACCCCUUCGCCGAGGUCGAUCGUUUGUUUGACGACGCCUUUGCUGCUCGUUUCACACCCUCCUCGGCCGUAACUCAGAAGAGUAAUAAUAACAGGCAGACAGCAUUCCGUCCGAGGGUGGACCUCCACGAGAACCAGGAAACCAACACGGUUACUGCGACCGUUGAGUUGCCUGGACUGAAAUCCGACGACGUCUCUAUCGAGGUCCACCAGAACCGCUUGACGGUCUCGGGCGAGUUCAAAACGGAGUCUCGCGAAGAAUCUGGAUACGUUGUCCGCGAGCGCCGUCAGGGGAAGUUCGCUCGUACGCUUCAGCUGCCCUCCGGUGUCAAGCAUGAGGAUGUGAAGGCCAGGAUGGAGGACGGUCUGUUGACAGUCACCUUCCCGAAGCUUACCCCAGAACAGCAGUCUCACCGUAUCUCCAUCUCUUCAUAA